AUGCGCCAUUCAGCUACAGACUCACUCUGUACACCAAGGAAACUGGACCGCAGCCUCCGAUCAGGCAAUGAGACGGAGUACAAAGCGGCGAAGUACGGACUGAGGAAACCCAGUACAGCGGCCCAGAGGCAGUACAGAGAGAAGCUGGAUGGCUUCUAUGCUACUGCUGACCCCAGGUCCAGCACUGGUAACUUGUUCAACUCUGGAGCUCAUGGCCCAGAUCAGACCGCAGCCAUCAUUCCUGAAAACCACACCCCCAUCACUAAGCAACAGGUGAAGCGCCGAUACCGGAGGCAACGGAAGAGCAGUGGUUGCAUCGCAGAGGGUGUGGACCAGUCAAAGAGCAUGCACGCCCAUAAUGACUCAUCUUCAGGAGAUGAACAGUACCACAGGGCAGCUCGAUCCUGGAGCCGUGAGAAAGCCCGGCGCAGGCGACGCCCACGUGUGCUCACAUGCUCCCGUGAGGAUGAGGCCCAGAAACAGGACCUCAAAACCUCUCAGAAGACAUCGUUAAAGAAGGAGGAGAUAGACAGCAAAUCAGCCAAUCAGGCCAGAGAAUGUGAGUGUGGCAGUGGAAUGAGUAGUGAGAAGGAGGAGCCAAUGAUGAAGAUGUACGAGGAGCAAGGAUCAGGAGACACAGAUAUGGCCAUCCCGACAGCUCAGAAGUACACAGAGGCAUCCAAUCAGAAUGGGAUGCUCCAGGAAGCGUGUACUGAUGAUGAACCAGAAGUGUGCAGGAUCUGUCACAGUGAAGGCGAUGAGGAGUGUCCUCUCAUCACACCAUGUAGGUGCACAGGGAGUCUACGCUUCGUGCACCACGCCUGCCUGCACCAGUGGAUCAAAAGCUCAAACACACGCUGCUGUGAACUGUGUAAAUACAACUUCAACAUGGAGAUGCACCUCAAACCCUUGCGCAAGUGGGAGAACUUGCAGAUGUCUACAAACGAGCGCAGGAGGAUCUUCUGCUCGGUGAUCUUUCACCUGGCGGCUGUGGCGUGCCUCAUCUGGUCCCUCUACAGCUUCAUUCUCAUGAACCACACUGCUGAAGGAUUACAGCAAGGCAAAGAACACAAUGGACCGCUGGAGUUGCUGUACUGGAUCAAGUCUUGCAUCGUAGCCCUCAGCGUGUUGGCAGGCUUCAUCUUCAUGUACACCCAGUGCAAAGUUUACCUCAACCUCUGGAGACGCCUGAAGGCUUUUAACAGUGUCAUCUUUGUGCACAACUGCCCGGACUCGGUGUGCAACGGCGCUGAAAAGGCUCCGCCUCUUCCUCCUCACGUUGUUCCUACCCACCAGCCACAAACAAACGUAUCCUACCCUGCCCUAGCAGGAGGAAGUGCAGAGGUGGUGCCUGUUUGAUUUUCUAUUCAGAUGGUGUUGCAGUGACAAUUUAUGUCCUAACAGUCAUGAGGAAAUACAUUUCCUUGAAAUGCAUGGAGCUUAACUUCCAACAGAACGCUCCGAAAUCAAGCAGGACUUUACCAGCUUAUUAUUUCUGAGCUUUUACAUACCAAGGAGAUUUGGGAUCCCAAGAAUCAGUAUUAAGUACAAAUACUGAACAAAUUUAAAAAGGUACUAAAACAUCAUUAGAGGAAAACGAUUUGUUCCAUUCGCAGCACUCCUUAUCCUUCGUAGAAGAGCUUGACCUCGUCCGAGGUCAAGAACGAAGAAUACCAUCACAACACAAAGCCAUCAAGAGAAAUAAAACAUAAUAAUAAUAAAAGUAAUGAUACUGUAUAAAUGGAGGAUGAGCCGGUCUGUGUGCGUGCACAUAGCCAUAAGCUGUAAACAAAUCCCUUGGCUGAUGGAAGAUACAGCAUUAGCUUGUUAUGAAUACUACUACAGUUG